AUGGGUGACCGGGAGGCUGAGGACACGGUGCCACAGACGCACCUCGAGGAGAUCACCGGCAAAAUUUCAGAUCUAAACAAAUGGAGAGAAAUUUUUGGGUUUCAUGGUUUGGAAAUCAGCAAUACAACCCAUCAGCACGGCGAGGGCAGCGCGGGCGAUGGACCCUCUGGAGCUGGAGAGCCCGUGGGGCUGCAGUCGGUGCCCCUCUCCGCCGUGCCCAGAGCCCUCCUGCUUUCUCCAGCCACAGGUGGCAAGCCCAUCUCCUUGGAAAUGGCAAUGGGGCUGCGAAAGCUGCUGUUUGGAAACGUGUUCCAACUCUUCAGCUGCGAGUGGACAAGAGCCUACUUCAAGUUUCGCGAGCCAUACUCUGACCUGGCCUAUGCUUUGGAGGCAGAAAAGGGAGGAACAAGAGCCAUUCUGAUGGUUGUACAAGCACACAUCAUUAAAUACCUGCUCUUCAUAAGAAACACAGAAUAUUCUCACCUGGAAAGGCUGAGCAGGAUCGGCUGCCGGGGGCAAGCGGAGGCGCUGGCAGCAGCCCUGGCAGACACCCUGUGGGCAGCAGGAGGAGGCAGGAGAGCUGUCAUCUCCCUGCUCACCGCAGCCCUCCACGUCCUGCCAAGCGGAGACUACAAAGCCGACAACUUCACAGAAAGGAUCCAGCUGUUUGAGUUCUGUGAGAAAGGAGCAGCUCAGGAGUUCAUCUCUGACCACAUAAACUGUUUCAAAGGUGAAGGGAGUCAUGGCGUGAUCCUAUUUUUAUACAGUUUACUUUUCUCGAGGACACUGGAAAGGGUCCAAGAAGAUCUACACGGCACCGUGACUCCUCUGUUACAGUUCAGUUGUGGUAACAUCACGUGCGCACAGGCUUUGCUCAGCCUCCUCCUCACCGGCCGAGCCAACCCACGCCACAUCAAUGGUGGCCAGGAGCCAGGGUGUGGCGAUGGGGUCACCCAGGCGUGGCGGUGCCCGGUGGGCUACCUGCGGUGGGACCGGGCACGGGUGGAGCAGAAGGUGUGCCGCGGGCUGGGGACGCCCCUGCUGCCCGUCUGGCUCUGCAGCCUCGCCGGGAGGCACGGCGUGCUCUUCAGCACCGACAGCCUGCUCCUCUCCGACUGGAAAAGAGAGAGAGUUUUCAGCCUGUACUUCUACAGCGGGCAGAGGAAGCAGAUGGAAACAGCCCCUCUAAGGAUAGACACGCACUCGCAUCACUGGGAGGAGAACAGAGGUGAAGACCCGAGCAGCCCAGGGAAGAGACGGCCGCCCAUAGAGAUGGCAAUCAGGACCAAGUGGGCAGGCGCGACUGUCAGCUGGAACGGGACAGACCCCUUCUUCUGAG